AUGAACAUCGUAGGAGCGGCUGCGGCGGACGCUCAGAAAACGGUGCUAAUAACGGGGGUGAGCAGAGGUCUCGGCAAAGCCCUAGCUCUGGAAUUGGCCAAGCGCGGCCACACUGUAAUCGGCUGCUCCCGCUCCCAGGAUAAACUACCCGCUCUCCAAUCGGAGCUAUCCUCUGCUUCAGCGUCCUUCGUGUCUUCCGAUGCCAGCAGGAAUGCCAACGAACACCUUGUCAUGAAUGUCGACGUGAGUUCUAAUAGCAGCGUUGAAGAGUUGGCGCGCUCAUUGGUGGAAAAGAAGGCCUUUCCUGAUAUUUUAGUGAACAAUGCUGGCACAAUAAAUAGGAAUAAUAGAAUAUGGGAAGUUCCAGUAGAUGAAUUUGACGCUGUCAUUGAUACUAAUAUCAAGGGGAUAGCAAAUAUGUUGCGCCACUUCAUUCCCCUUAUGAUCGAGAAGAAGCAAGGUAUAAUUGUGAACAUAUCAUCUGGAUGGGGAAGAUCUGCUGCUGCCCUGGUAGCACCAUAUUGUGCUUCAAAAUGGGCAGUGGAGGGUUUGACGAGGGCAGCAGCAAAGGAGUUACCCCCUGGAAUGGCAAUUGUUGCCCUUAAUCCUGGGGUAAUAAACACUGAAAUGCUUCAAUCAUGUUUUGGCAGUUCAGCUGCUCUGUAUGAAACUCCAGAUUCAUGGGCUCCAAAGGCAGCUACGAUGAUUCUUAAUCUUACAUCCGCAGACAAUGGCGCGUCUCUCACUGUAUAG